AUGCCGCCCCCGGCCGCUUCAGUGGAUUUUUCUAAUCUACUGAACCCUCAGAACAACACAACUGUCUCCGCCCCUUCCACCCCUGUAGACAGUUCUAAAGCCCCCUCUACUCCCUCGAGUACCCAGUCCAAUCCAGCCAUGGCCUCGUCUGUGAGCCUAUUACCUCCUCUCAUGAAGGGCGCUCGUCCCGCCACGGAGGAAGUGCGCCAGGAUCUCCCCCGACCCUACAAGUGUCCCCUCUGCGAUCGUGCUUUCCACCGUCUGGAGCAUCAGACCCGACACAUUCGAACCCACACGGGUGAGAAACCGCACGCGUGCCAGUUCCCUGGCUGCACCAAGCGCUUCAGUCGUUCCGACGAGCUCACUCGCCACUCGCGAAUCCACAACAACCCCAACUCCCGACGGAGUAACAAGGCCCAGCACUUGGCCGCUGCUGCCGCCGCCGCCGCCGGACAGGACAAUGCCAUGGUCACCAAUGCGGGCUCAAUGAUGCCCCCUCCGAGUAAACCCAUGACUCGAUCUGCCCCUGUUUCGCAGGUCGGCUCUCCUGACAUCUCCCCCCCUCACUCUUUCUCCAACUAUGCCGUUCACAUGCGCUCGAAUCUGGGACCUUACUCUCGCAAUACCGACCGGGCCUCGUCUGGAAUGGACAUCAACCUUCUGGCCACGGCCGCGUCCCAGGUCGAGCGCGACGAGACGUUCAACUUUCAAGCCGGACCGCGCACCCCUAUUUUCGGCUCUCGCCAUCACGGCGGCAGUGGCCGAUUGCCUUCGCUUUCUGCCUACGCAAUCUCGCACAGCAUGAGCCGUUCGCAUUCGCACGAGGAAGACGAUGGCUACUCGCAUCGCGUUAAACGCUCGAGACCCAACUCUCCCAACUCGACUGCCCCCUCUUCGCCUACUUUCUCUCAUGACUCUCUUUCUCCUACUCCCGAUCACACCCCCCUGGCAACUCCCGCGCAUUCUCCGCGGUUGAGGCCUCUUGGCACCAGCGAGCUACACUUGCCGUCGAUUCGCCAUCUGUCGCUCCACCACACUCCUGCGUUGGCUCCUAUGGAGCCGCAGCCGGAAGGUCCCAACUACUACAGCCCCGGUCAGGGUCACAACGGUCCGAGCAUCAGCGAUAUCAUGUCGAAACCUGAUGGAACGCAGCGCAAACUUCCCGUGCCCCAGGUUCCCAAAGUGGCCGUUCAGGACAUGCUGAACGCCCCAACCGGGUUCUCUUCCGUUUCCUCGUCGACCAACAAUUCCGUGUCCGGAGGAGAUCUGACGGAUCGCUUCUAG